UCUAUUUUCCCCUCUGCUUUGUAGAAAGCAGAAGGGCGAAAUAUCUCGUUAAUUUAGUUAAUUAAUUCCCUUUUCUUCUAAAUAGUCCAUUAUAUACCUCUCUCUCUCUCUCAACAACACAUAUCAUAAUGGAGGCAAAGGCUGAAAACUCUAUGAUCGUUAGCAUUGACCAAAAAGCAAUUAUUACCCCUCACGAAGAACCUAAUAAUAACAUCACUCGUUCUUCCCUCAAGAAGGGUAAGAGGCAGAAGAACUUCUUCAAGGUGGCGCUGUUCAUGAUGCGAGGGCGUUCUCGUAAAUCCAAAAUGCUCGCCGUGGAUGACGAGUCCAAGAGCAUAUGGAGGAAGCUGGUGGGGUCCAUGAGGCCAUUGCACCUACAAAGCAACCAAUCUCCAUCGCAUGAUAUUGAUAAUAAUAAUAAUAAUAAUAACAUUCCUCCUCAUCAAUCUAAAAUGAUGAAGAUUACCUCGGCACCGUCUGAAAACGGCGACGAUGGGUUUGAUUCUGCAUCGGAGUUCACAUACUCGCCGUCUCCGGCUAGUAGUCGUUACGCCUCAGCCGUGGGGCUAAACGAAAUGGUGCAGGAGGAGGAGGAAGAGGUUGCGAAGGAGAAGAUUAAUAAUGAUGAUGGGGAUGGGGAUGAGAUGAUUGAUGCCAAGGCUGAGGAGUUCAUUGCUCAAUUUUACCAUCAAAUGAGGUUGCAGAGUUUGGAUGUCACGGAUGAUCAUUACCAAGAGAUAAGCAUGAGGUCAUUAGGCUUAUGAGUUAUCAACUAUGAUCAGCUUCAUCGUGUGUCAUGUCGUGCUUCCUUCACCUCUAAUUAUGCAACCCUAUGCAUGCAUAUAUGGAUUCAACGAAAUUUAGGUAGAAAUAUACGGGGAUUUAAAAAUUACCCUUCUCAGCACAUAGAAGAGGUAUAUAUGCAUUUAUGAUUAUAAAAAAAUAAAAAUACAUACAUGCAUAUAUAAAGUGUAGCUUUGAUAUUAAAAAAAUUAUCGUUGAGAUAUACUUGAGGGAAGGUUGAACGAUGACGAAAAUGAGUUUUCAGCUGGCUAAGAAAAACAUCUGAUUGCAGAAGAAACUCAUGGCUAUUGCAUUGCUUGACCUUAUUGUGAUGUUAGGGAGAAGAAUGAAGUUAUAUGUGACAACUAUUUGUUUUCUUCUAGCUUUUCAAUGAAUUCAUUUUGGAGAAA